AUGGGAGUUGCAUCUUCAAAUACAGCAGCGGGUGGAGUUGUACCAGGAGAGAAUAUAAAUAAUGAUGAAACAUUAAGUAAUAAUAAUAAAAAUAAUAAUAACAAUAACAAUAACAAUAAUAAUAAUAAUAAUAAUAAUAAUAAUAAUAGUUCAACAACCACCAAUUUACUAGUAGCAGCCGAUACAGCAAUAGCAAACAUGGCAAGUUUUUAUCAAAGUACUCUUAGCGAUGAUUUUAAAUUAUUAGCAUCAGAAAAUCAAUUACCAGAGGAUUUAGAUACAUUCAUGGAGACAUUAUUAUUUAGUUUAAACUUUUCAGAAGAAUCAAAUCAUAAUUAUGUUUAUGGUUUAUUAAAUGAAUUAUCAAAGCAAUUAGUAUCAAAUAAUUUAAAAACUAAAAAUUUUAAUAGGAUUUUAAUGCAUUUUAUAAAUAAAUUAAAUUUAUUUAAUCAACAAUUAAUAACGAUAUCAGAGUCAAUGAAAAAGAAUAAAGGUAGUAAACAACAGUUAAUAUUAGAUCAAUCAGUAGAAAUUCAGCUAUACACACAUCAACAGUUUUUAGUAAAUUAUACAAUUUUAAUUCAAACUUUCUCAAAAUAUAUCAUAGAGAAUAUGGAUCAUGUUAAUAUUAUUCAACAAUUUACAGGUGAUUCUGAAAAUUCUUUCAAAACUAUACCCUUUGAUUUAAUUUUAUCAAUUUUAGGUUUUUUAUCAAAUGAAUUAAGGGAUUGUUCAUAUGAUUUACAUGAUGUAUUAUUAAGAUUUAUUUUAAUUUUAUUUUCAACAGAAAUGUAUUUACCAUUGCCAACAAUACAAGAGAAUUAUUUAACAGAUACAUUUACAGUGGAUUUUAGUUUUUAUGAAUUAUUAGCCCCAAAAACCAAUAUAUUUUUAAACAUUUUAAUGGAUACAGUUUAUAAUAAUCCAAACUCUCCAAUAGUUUAUAGUUUCAUUUUCAAUCUUUUUAAUAAUAUCAUUGAAAAUAAACCACCACCCUCAACUUCAAAUAGUUUAUUAGAUUCAAUUGGUAGUGCUGCUUCUUAUUUAUUAUUAUUACCAUUAAAUGCGUAUAAAUAUUUUUUCCCUCAAAAUAAUGCAACAGGUAAUUCAAUGACAGAGUUAUCAACUUUUAAUUUAUUAGUAUUGGUUCAAUAUAAUUACCCAAAGGGUAAUCCUUUUAGAAAAAUUUUAUCAAAUAUUCAAGAUAAAGAUUUUUCAAUAGAUUUAUUAAAUUCAAAUCCAAAUAAUCACCAAAUUAGGAUUUCAAUGCAACAAUUAUAUGAGAGUAUUAUAAAAUCACCAUCGUCUGAUAAAAAUAUUUUAUUACUUUAUUAUUUAUUACAAGAAAAUAGUUUUUUUUUUAGGUAUGUUCAAUCAAGAACUGAUUUAGAUAAUUUAUUAUUACCAAUGAUUCAGAUUUUAUAUAAUUCUUUUGAAGAAAAACCACAACAAGUUAAUAUGAUUUUGAUUAUUAUUUUAAUUUUAUCUCAAGACUCUUUAUUUAAUGAAAAUGUUCAUUCAUUAAUUGUUCAUCAAAUAUUAUGGUAUAAAGAAAGACUUUUAAUUGAUGUUUCAUUAGGAGGUAUUUUAAUGGUUGUAUUAAUAAAAUCAAUCAUUUUAAAUUUAUCGAAAUUACGUGAUGCUCAUUUACAUACAAAUUGUUUAGCGAUUUUAGCAAAUUUAUCUUCAAAUAUCUCACAUAUUCACCCAUAUGUUGCAAAUCGUUUAGUUAAACUAUUAGAAAUAUUAAGUAAAAGAUAUAUAAAAUUAAAAAAAAUGUUAAAUCAAGUUGAUUCACCAUCAAAAAUUAAUACAAACAAUAGUAACAACAAUGUAAAAGAUAAUACAAAUAAUAUAACACAAUCAAUGUCAUCAGUAUCGAUAUCAGAUGAUUUAUCAUUGGAUGUGAACCAACUUCAGCAAAUUAAAAAUUUAGAAAAUCAUAAUAGCAGCAUUAACAAACAUCACAAUGAAUCACAUAAUAAUAGUUCAUUUUUAAAUUCACCCGACCUUAAUCUUAAAGAAUUACAAUCUGAAGAAUUAACCACUCACUCUGAAUUUUUGUAUAUUGUACUCCAAAUUAUAAAUAAUACACUCACCUAUAGAGCAUACUCAAAUCCACAUUUAAUUUAUUCACUUUUACAUCAACAAGAGUAUUUCCCUGUAUUUUUAAAUGAAGAAAAUCUUUCUUCUUUAUCUAAUAAUAUUUUAAAUAUACUUUCAUAUUUUUCAAGUGAAUUAAAACAUGCAAUUAAUGGAUUAUCACAACAAGAGACAACAGCAGAAACUAUAAUGUCAUUUAUAGAAAGUAAAUCAAAAUCUUUACCAGUUCCACCACCCGAUCAAGAAGGUAUUCUUAGAUUUAAAUAUGAAGAGGAGUCAACAAGUUUUGAAUUUAUCACUCCUUAUGUUUGGUCAAUUAUUUUCAAUUAUUCUGGUGAAAAAUGGGAUACUAAAAAUAUUACUUUAUUCCCUACUGUUGAUUUAACAACUAUUAAAUCACCAAGUGUUAUAGAUGCAAAUAAUUUCACUCCAAAAAAACAACUUUCAUCCGAUCAACUUCACUCACCACCAACCAAUACUACAACCACAACUACAACCACUACAAAUUCUACAUCAUCUAAUACAAUUUUGAAUUCCAUGCCCAUCCCACCACCAAACACACAACUACAACAACAAAAUAAUUUAAGAAACCAAGAACAAAAUCAAGAAGAAAAUGGUGAUGAAAAAGAUGAUAAAAUAGAAAAAGAACAGACAACCGGAGUUGAAUUAUCCUCUACUGAAAAAACCAACUAA